CAACUGCAUUCACAAUUUUUCAAUUUCCUCACAGCAAUACCUAGCCUCUCCUAAAAGUACUUCCUAACUUCUUUCAGAAGCCCUACAAUCAUAAGAUUAGAAUGAGCUGGACAGGAGGAGACUGGAUAUGUGCAGCAUGCCAGCACCAAAAUUUCAAGAAGAGAGAGACAUGUCACCGAUGUGGAUACCCAAAAUUCGGCGGCCCUGAUGUGUCCACUUUCCUGUACAACAGGACAGAGGUGUUGGCAGGAGACUGGUACUGCUCUAACGUGAACUGUAGAGCUCACAAUUAUGCCAGUAGGACCAGCUGCUACAGAUGUGGAGCAUUGAAAAAUAUUGACUAUGGAGAUAGCAGUUGCCCUCCUGGAUGGAAAGCCGGUGACUGGAUUUGCCCCAGAUGUGGAGUGCAUAACUAUGCAAGCAGGACAGAAUGUUACGGAUGCAAGGCACAGAGGGAUUUCGGAGCCUAGGAAAAACGAUUUCCCCAAAUGAAGAACAUUGUUGGCACAAUAUCACUAAUCCCAGUACUCUACAAAUCUCAUGGAUUUAAAUAAACCUUUAGCUAGGUCAAGUAAAGGCCCAUUUUACAAGUAAACCCCAUGUUACAUU